AUGACUUUUAAGAAGGAUGUACCCACUUUUUUUCUCAACUUACGUUUCGUUUUACCACAAAAAAAUACUGAAUUUGUAAUACUUAAUCUUACGAAUAUGAAUGGUUGUGACCUAUUGGGGAACUCCAAACAAACAACUUUGUUGAAAAUCGGACGCGAGCAUAUGGAUCGCUUCAGUAAUAUGCCUAGACAUUGUCCGUUUCUUAAAAGUCAAGUUUACUACAUACGUGGCUUUCGUGCAGAUAUGAAUUCGUUUCCUGCAUUUUCAUUCGAUUCGGAAUUUCAUGUGUUUUUCGAUUUCAUUGUUCAACAACAGACACUCUUCAAAGGCUUCAUACUAACCCGUGUUUUCAAUAAAAAUUUUAAGGGGAAACUUUUCUAA